GUGUUUGCUUUGCUGCAUUAUUUGACACAAGCCUCGUUUCAAUGUCAACAGCAUUGCACAAUGGCAGUCAAGCACUGCGGCGUUUGUGCAAGUUUGCCGUUUCAGACUCUUGUCUUUCUUUUUUCUUGAAAUUAUGACUUCUAAUUCAUCAGUGAAUAAAUAGGCUACAGCUAGCACACACUGUCAUCAGCUCGCAUGUAAACACUGUUACACCCACUGUAUGGAUGUAGAUAUCCACCCACAACCUAUGUCCACAAACCAGAAAAUGUUGGUGAUAUUCGUAGUUAUUUAGCAGUAUAUGGUUCAAAAAUUGGUAUUUUAAUUUAUCUGCAUAGUUUUAGAGAUACACUACCGUACAAGAGUUUGGGGUGGGUAAGGUUUUUGUUUCUGAAAGAAGUCUUAUGUACUUUCAGUUUUAAAUGAAAUGAUAAAAUAAUACAAUUAAACAGUAAUUUUGUGAAAUAUUAAUAAUUUGUCAUGAUUUUGAAUUAACUGUUUUCUAUUUUAAUAUAUAUAUUUUUUUAAAACUAUGUAAUUUAUUCCUGUGAUGCCAAAACUUAAUUUUUUAGGAGCCAUUACUCUAGUCUUCAGUAUCACUUUAUCUUUUUGAAGUAAUUGUAAUAUGCGUAUUUGAUGCUGAAGAAACGUUUUUUUUAUUAUUAUUAUUAAUGUUGAAAACAUUGCACUUUUUUUCAGGAUUAAAAAAUAAUAAUAACAGCAUUCGUUUGAAUUCUGAAUCUUUUCACUUGUCACUUUCAAUUCAGUGUAUCUAUGCUGAAUUCCUUCUUACUGACCUCAACCUUAGUCCACACCCAAUUCAGGUUAAUUAUUGUUUUAAUGUAUAAGUGCUUUUCUUUUGUAAAUAAUGAAUAAAAUUUGACUAAUAUUUUACUGCUAAUAUUCCAACCCCAUUUUACAUGACUCUGCACAUGAGAUUCUUCUCUUUUCAAAGGUACUGGUUUAACAAAAGAAAGUCUACCUUGUGUUAAUUCAGAUUGUUACAGUACCACCCCAUGAUGUCUAGUUGCUGAUAUGUGUGACUGUUUUUACCAAAUAACUUAAAUAAGCAUUAUGUUUAUUAAUUUGACACAAAGUGCAUGCUUGCUCCUCUUAAACUUGUUGUCCAGUAAAAAGCAGCUUCAUCAGCAGUGUUCUAGUUCUCAAUCAGUAGGAUUUCCGCCCUUUUCUUGUGCGGCAUGUGGAUCACUGACAACAGCACCCCCACCCCCCACCUCCCCCUGCAUCUGACAGUCCUCUCGGGAGCUGUGCCCCCCCUCCACCAUCUGCUCACGUGAUUCCCACAAUCCUCCUCAGCAUCACGGCAGCCAUCUUGGUCAACACCCUCCCAUUUGCAGCGCAUGCAGCCAAUCCGGUGAAUGCCAGCAGCUGGGCUGUGAGGGAGGGACUGAGAGAGAGAAAAGAGACAUCUCUGAUUAUAGCUGCGCUGAGGCUCACACGGCAUCUCAAACCCCUGGCUGUGCUGAGCCAGAGAGCACUGAAGCCUUUAUUCACACGGAGGAUUUUAGCGGUCACUGCUUAUUCACAAGGCACGGACAUUGAGCCCCAGGAGAAUAGCAUCCCUUCAGUCAGCAGCAGCAGCAGCAGCAGCAGCUAUCAGCUGAGUCACCAUGUCUGAUCUGACGCCCCAGAGCGAGGCCCCCACCCCCACUACUGACAAGAUCACACAGGCUGCUAGAGAGACCAUCUACCUAUGUAACUUCCGCGUGUCGGUGGAUGGCGAAUGGCUGUGCCUGCGUGAGCUCAACGACAUCUCGCUAACGCCAGAUCCCGAGCCAGCUCAUGAAGAUCCCAAGGACCCCAUUGCCAUCGAGAGGCUUAACCUGAUGAAUAUGGCCAAGCUGAGCAUCAAGGGCUUGAUCGAGUCUGCACUGAACCUGGGCCGCACACUGGACUCCGACUAUGCCCCACUGCAGCAGUUUUUUGUCGUGAUGGAGCACUGCCUGAAACAUGGGCUUAAAAGUAAGAAGACUUUCCUUGGUCAAAAUAAGUCUUUUUGGGGUCCUUUGGAGCUUGUGGAAAAGUUGACUCCGGAGGCUGGUGAGAUCACAGCCAGCGUCAAAGACCUUCCUGGGCUCAAAACCCCUUUAGGAAGAGGCAGAGCAUGGCUUCGUCUGGCUUUGAUGCAAAAGAAGCUCUCAGACUACAUGAAGACCAUCAUCAACCGAAAGGACCUUCUCAGUGAAUUCUAUGAGCCCAAUGCUCUUAUGAUGGAGGAGGAAGGAGCUGUGAUCGCUGGGCUGUUAGUGGGCCUGAAUGUCAUUGAUGCUAAUUUGUGCAUGAAGGGAGAAGAUUUAGACUCACAGGUUGGAGUCAUAGAUUUUUCCAUGUAUCUGAAAGACGGCGCGCACGGCAGCAAAAGCACAGAGGGUGAUGGGCAAAUCACAGCUAUUCUUGACCAGAAGAAUUAUGUUGAGGAGCUGAACAGACAUUUAAGUGCGUCGGUGAAUAACUUGCAAGCCAAAGUGGAUGCGCUGGAAAAAUCCAACACAAAACUCACAGAGGAGCUUGCUGUGGCAAACAACAGGAUCAUCACUCUGCAGGAGGAGCUGGAGAGGGUGAAGGAGGAAGACUCUUACUUAGUGGAGACUGGUCGCAAGGCACCUAGGGCAGAUGGUACUGCAAACGGUCAAGUGCUUGGGGAAACUCGCAAACAGCUCAAAGAGGAAACUCAGCUCAGACUGGAUGUCGAGAAGGAGCUGGAGGUGCAGAUAGGGAUGAAGCAAGAGAUGGAGCUGUCCAUGAAGAUGCUAGAGAAGGACAUCUGUGAAAAACAUGAUGCUUUGGUGGAGCUCCGACAGCAGUUAGAUGAAAUGCGUGUACUCAACCAUGAGCUCUCCGUUAAGUCACAGAGCUCAGAGGCCAGCGGGAAACAGAAGAGUGACAUCAUCAGCCGCUUGGAGGAGAAAACAAACCAGAUGCUCCCCACUAUUAAACAGCUGGAGAGCAGAUGUAAGAAGGCGGAGCGAGAGCGGGACCUGGCUGAUGAGGCCAACCGACUCUUCAAGCAGGAGUUUGGAGACAAGAUUGGGAGUCUGCAGGAAGAGGUGGAGCAGUUACGGAAACAGAGAUUGAUUUUGGAACAGGAGCUCAGGAAAUGGAGGGAGCAGCAUCCUGGAGGACACAUGUCUGAAGCUCUUCUAGGAAACACGCCGCCUCAGAGAGACAUGAGACAACAUGUGGAGGACAUUAGAAGGGAGUUAGAGUCUGUCAAAAAAGAAAACGAUAUAUUGCGAACUGCACUUGAGGAAAAGUCAAGUCUAAGUUCCAGUUUUGAGGUUAUGUGAGAACUGCAUGGCAAAUGAACUCCCUCUGCCCUCCUCCAUCAACCCUGAACACAUGUGUGAUGCCUGCUACGCUCAGUUAAUGCAGCAGUACGCAUCCUCCCCACCCUGAGGGGGCACUCAUCUCUGCUAUUCUGGCAGUAGAUUCAACGGGUUAUCUUAGAUCAGCAUCUCAGUUUAGUAACAUAUCUGUUAUUUUGCUAGUGUACAACAUUUGCCAAAAAGGGAUGAUUUUUACAAGUUCUUUGUUGAAAAAGUUUUUCACAAUGUCAUAUAAUUCUUGAGGAUGAGUGAAGCUGUCCACCAAGUGGAUUUAUGAGGUUCUAGUACUUAACUGUAUCAGUGCCAUUCAAUAUUGCAAGCAGAAAGAUACCAUGAGUCCAUUAAGAUAGCAUUAAUAACAUAAGUCAUCUUUUAAAUAAUAUAUAUAUAUAAAAAGACUGUAGACAGGAUUGUGUCAGCUUUUUGAAAACUAUGGCACUAAACAAGGCACAUACACUAAAAUUUUAAACAUUUGAGUCAUAAUUAAGUCAAAAUUCAUAAAUGAUGCAAAAAAAAAAGAUUCAGUUCAGACAAACCUGCAUAUUAUGGAGCUCGUCACAGAGAAGACUUUAAUAACCCUACAAUACUGAAAGUAUGUAAAGAGAUAAAAAGGUAGUUUUAUGCCUGUGUAAUGUAUUUUAUUCUUACUAUCUGAAGAAUAAAAUUGUAUUAUAAUUUGGA